AUGAUAAGUCAUUUAUACAUAAAGCAUGAUAAAUCAGAAAUAAUGGACAACCCAGAAUAUAAACCCCUAGCAACAAGCUUUAACCUUCAACGUCAAUUUUAUAACGAAAUCGACAGUGGGAAAUGUCUUCUAUCAAAUUGUGGCGUGACAAUUAAAAGUAAAUUUGGUAGAGCAUUACCAUUUAAAAACCAUUUGAUAACACAUCACGCAGACGAUAAAAAAAAUUUUUUUGCAAAAGUAGUAGGGAUUGUUGCUGGACGAAAAAUACUAAAUAAUUACGAAAUAACGGACACCGAAAUUGUGAAGUGCUCAUUUUGUCGGACGACAAAACCCUUGACAGGUUUGGACUCGCAGCCUGCUAAAGUACUCGCGGACUUAGGAAAACACUUGAACUCACAUGAUACGUAUGUAAAAUUACUACAAGAUGAAGUACCAAUCCUCGAAGACGAAGCAUCCAUACAAAUUGAACUAGAAAAGGAAGAAAAACUACAGCUAAAAGUAAAUGAAAAAAAGCAAAGCAUUGAUGAUGAUCUCUUAAUGGAAGAGACUUUAAGAACUAUAUCGGAAAUUACUGCAGAAGAUCGAGAUGUACCAACACUACAUGGAUAA